AUGAAGAAGGACCGUUCCGACCUUUGGAUCGGCCUUGUAGCAGGAUCUCUGAGCACUGUGAUAGCCACAUGGUGUCUCCAGCGAUAUCAAUCGACGAAAAAUCCGCAGACGUUGUACUCACCGACACUUAACCAGACGCCAACGGCAUCCACCCUCUUACCCGACGACAUUCGCGACGAGCAACUCUCCCGGCAUUUGCUUUACUUUGGCGAGGAUGGCAUGGACCGACUGAAACGUUGCAAGAUUUGUGUCGUUGGACUGGGUGGAGUGGGAAGUCACACUGCUCAUAUGUUGGCCCGCGCCGGGGUGGGGUACCUCCGUCUCAUUGAUUUUGACCAAGUCACCUUAUCCAGUCUCAAUCGACACGCCUGCGCCGUCCUCGCUGACGUUGGCACUCCCAAAGCAACCUGUCUAGCGAAGUUUUGUCGCCGCAUUUGUCCCGAUCCGACGAAACUGGUUCUCGACACACGUGUGGAAAUGUACACCGCCGACACCGGCGCCGCGUUGCUGUCUCUGCCAGACGGCGAGCACUGGGAUUUGGUCGUGGACGCCAUUGAUGACGUACCGACCAAGGCGGUGCUUCUGGCUCGUUGCUGCCAAACCCAAACACGCGUAGUCUCUUGUAUGGGGGCCGGAGGCAAAGCCGACGUUACGCGCUUGCACGUGUCCGAUUUGCGCACGGCAUCCCGCGAUCCUCUGGCCACCAAGCUACGGCAACAUCUCAAAAAAUACAUGGCGGACCACAGCGACGACCAAAAAAGUGACUACCUCGAUAAUAUGGACAAAAUAUCCAUCGUGUACAGUACCGAAAAGCCGGUGGUCAAGUUGGCGGAUUUUACCGCCGAACAAAAAGAAGCCGGCGUGCACCAAUUUGGAGCCGUCGACGGGAUGCGAAUCCGAGUGAUUCCCGUGCUCGGUACCAUGCCUGCCAUUAUGGGGCAGGCAUUGGCGGCCAUGGUCCUAACGCAAGUUGGUAACAAACCCUUUCAACCCGUGACGGGAGAACGAGUGGGAAAAAAUGUACGCAACAAAUUGUUUCAGCAUUUGCAAACACGGGAAGACCGCAUCCAAAAGCGAGUACUGCAAAAUACCACACGCGACGACGUAGCAACCAUCGCUACAACCGGUGGUACCGUUGUCGACAGUGUCUGGAUCGGCCCGUUGCAGAUCGACCGGGACGACGUGGAAUACUUGAACGAAAUAUGGCGGAAUCGGUGCGGCGUCACCAACGCUCGCUUGGGCACCACGCUGGAGCUCGUCCGCUGGAAUAAUGCAAAACCUUCACGAUGUGACAAUCUAGUGCUCAUGUGCACCGCCGCGAUCCAAGCUUUUGAUAAACCAGGGGGAAAGGAGAAAAUUCCCGCCUACGUCGUUCAACGCAUCGAAGAGCGGUUGGCAACCUGCCAAAAUGAUAGAUUAGCCUACUAA